AUAGAAGGAAGAACUGUAGUGACUGUGACUUGUGUUCUAUGUUAGCAAUUGGAAAAGUAUAUACAGGACAUAGUAAUUGAAUAACUUGAGAGAAGGAUAUCAGGUGUAAAUAAAGGACACUAGCUAAGUUAAUAAUAAUGGUGGGUAAAAGCAUAGAUAAAUAUUGAAAUGUUUCCAUGUACUUUUAUUAAGAACAGCUCCAAAAUUGUUUUACUAAACUUCCACUGAAGACAUAUGUUUUUAAUAGGCUGACUUGAAAAGGUUAAAUUGUGUCUCAGUCAUUGCUUGUUUUUUUAAUUGUUCCCUGAAGUUUUAAGCUAUAAAACAUGGAACCAAUUUAUAUAACCCACAUUCUAUCACCCAGGCAUUUAACAGUUGGUAUACAAAUGAGAAAAAGUAUUAAUGCAAAAAAAACCAACAACGAAUAGACCUAAUAAGUGAAGUCAAAUGUGAACAUAGCCUCAAGUUUAUGUUUCUCAGAUUUAACUGAUGUUCCGUCAAUGAAGGUCAGGGAACGACCAUUGGACUUUGCCGAUAACCACCUGUUGAGUUUCGGGGUGUAAAAUUCAAGAGCAGACAGUUGCACAGUAUACUAGAGGGGAGGGCAAACGGAACAUAUAAAAGACUCAUCGUCACUUUUAACACCACAUAUGAAAUCGUGUCGCCUGCUUCAUGGAAUAAAUUAUGACAAGAAGCAGUUCAUAAAGUCAAUGAAAACCUGCGCACUGGAUACAUAAAAAAGUGAUCACAUUUUCACGCUUUUGUACGCUGUAUGUAAUAAAAGCAACAAUGGACCCAAUUCUUGAAGUUGUGGCUUUAACUCUCGGCUUUUUGAGUUGGAUAAUGGUUGGCGUUGCUAUUCCUAACCGUUACUGGAAAGUCUCCACCAUAGAUGGGACUGUUAUUACAACUUCGACAAUUUACGAAAAUCUGUGGAUGUCAUGCGCCACGGACUCGACAGGAGUGCACAACUGCCGUGAAUUUCCAUCCAUGCUUGCACUUUCUGGCUAUAUCCAAGCGUCUCGGGCUCUUAUGAUCGCCUCAGUGGUGUCUGGGACUUUCGGAGUGGUGUGUACCCUCAUCGGCAUGCAGUGCUCUAAAGCAGGUGGAGAGAACUACGUGCUUAAAGGCAGAAUUGCCGGUACCGGUGGCGUAUUUUUCCUUCUUCAAGGCUUGUGCACGAUGAUAUCAGCGUCAUGGUACGCGUUCAACAUCACUCAGGACUUCUUCAAUCCAAUCUAUCCUGGACAAAAAUAUGAGAUUGGAGAGGGUUUAUAUAUUAGCUGGGCCUCUGGUACUCUAGCCAUCUGUGGUGGAGCUUGUCUAAUGUUUUCCUGCAAAUUUGGCACAAAAGAGAAGAGUGGUUACCCGUACCAGCCCUCACGGGGAACAGUCUACUCAGCAUCUGCCUCCAGGAAAGACGUUCAGAGCACUUAUGGAAGAAAUGCCUAUGUCUGAAUGAAGCUGUCUGAGCUGAUUUUAUGUCCAAAAAUAUAACUGUUGACUGUUGAUAUUUUUAUAUCUGUGCUUUAUCUGUGCAAUUCUGUAAAUAUUUGUAUACACCCAGACAGUUCUGUGGCCACAUAAGAAAUCAUUCAUCAGAUAAAAUGUUACCAUGUCAUUUUUGCAGUGCCAACAUCUCAGACACAAGACAGAAUUAAUACCAUUGACUUACACACUGAAAUUACUAUUGUGUAUUACUGC